CCGGGCUCCGCCGCUGGAGGGCGGCCUGCGCCCCACCGACCCCCGACAAUAGCGCGAGGGUGGGGAGCCGCGCGGUCCCGGAAACUUUUCCCGGGGAUCGCCGCCGCCGCCCCCCUCGCGCCUGGGAACCGGAGGGGGCGCGCCACCUCUGCGGCGGUGGCCGGGGAAGCUGUGCCCGGACUCGGGGCGCCGCGCGGGAGGCUCCGGCUCCGGCCGGGCUGGGCGCUCCGCGCGGUGCCAUGGAGGAGGCGCCCAGCCCCGCGCCCGGCCCCGCGCUCGGGGACUGGGACUACCUGGAUCGCUGCUUCGCCCGCCACCGCGUCUGCAUCUCCUUCGGCCUGUGGAUCUGCGCCUCCUGCUGCUGGAUCGCCGCCCAUGCGCUGCUUCUUUACCUGACAUGUGCAAGGAAAUCUGGACAGAGCCAGUCAGCACUGUGUUCUGCGUGCUGUCUCCUGAGUAGUCUGUGUGAUACCAUCGGGGCGAUUCUGGCCAGGCAGCUCACGAUCCAGGUUUUCACUGGUGCCUACCUGGCAGCUGUUGACUUCGUGAGCUUUCUGUUCAUUGUCUUCCCCAUCUGCAGAUCCAAAUCUAACUCGGGUCAGGACACCCGGGAGAGGAAGAGGAGGCGGCGGCUCAGGGCCAGUGUGUUUGUCCUGACUUUGCCACUGAGCCUGGGCUCAAGUUGGGCUCUCUGGGCUUCUGUGCCCAAGAUCUCAGCCCCUGUGAGAGGCCCACAGCGGAGGCUGUUGGGGAAAUUUCUGCAGGACAACACUGAAGUCUUUGGCUACCUGCUGGGUGGCAUCGCUGCCCUCGGCUCCUGGGCAUCUCGCAUGCCCCCACUCUCCAGAAUUUGCCAGGGAAAGCUAUUCCCCUGCAUCUAUCUGUGGACACAGUUCCUGUCGGCCCUGGCUGGCCUCUUCUAUGCCUCCGCCAUUGUGGCCCAUGACCGGGAGCCUGAGUACCUGCUGCGGGCCACACCCUGGUUCCUGACCUCCCUUGGAAGGGCUUCACUGGACCUCACUAUCAUUUUCCUUUCGUGUGUGAUGAAGAGCAAGAUGAGAAGAGCCAUUGGAUUUGCCACUGAAGCCAGAGAGAGCCCUGACACCCAAGCCCUGCUGACCUGCACCGAGAAAGAGGAUGACAACCCGGAGACCAGCAGUGAGGACAAGAAUUCCGAUUGGGUGCCACUCACCACCCUGUCCCACUGCAAGUCGCUGAGGACGAUGACAGCCAUCAGUCGUUACAUGGAGCUCACCAUUGAACCCGUGCAGCAGGCAAGCUGCAGUGCCACCAGGCUGCCUGGUGACGGACAGAUGAGUGUAGGAGAUGCGUCCCUGCAGGAGCCUCCCUCGUACCCCCCCGUGCAGGUCAUCCGGGCCCGAGUGUCCUCCAGCAGCUCCUCUGAGGUCUCCUCCAUCAGCUCGGACCUGGAGCAGAAGUAUUGGGAAGCCCUAAACUUGGAGCAGUGGGACCCUGAAGAUGUGAAUCUUGAAAGGAACAGUGAAAACAUGGAGAGCCUCAGAUCCCAGGUGCACAGGGACUCCGUGAGGCCAGUAGACUUGACCCCUGAUGAUUUACAUCUCCGGCAAUCAGUGCACCAGCUCAGAGCCUAAGGUCAGGCAUUUGUCAGCAUUGAGCAAGACUGAACUACAGUGACAUCUGUGGCAGGAGUUCAAACUGCUGCAAUGACAGCCCAGAGCUGUCACUGAGCUUGGCUGAUCUACACCACACCUCAGGAUGGAGCUCUGACUCUGGGUCAUACAGACAGACCUGAACAUGCACAAUUUGUUCUGAAGAUCAGAAUUUCCAAGAUGACCUCUGCUUUGUAAAUAUAACAACUGUAUUGUUUCACUGAAGGACAUUGGACUGGAUGUGGUGGUACAUACCUUUAAUCUCAGCACUUGGGAAGUUGAGAUAUAAGGACCAUGAGUUGGAAGCCAACUUGGGUUGUUUAGCAAAAGCCAGCCAUUAAAAGGGGGUAACAUCUGAAGGGGGAGCCUUCAGAUCCUGUUUCCUAUCCUCUCUUUUCCUCUGUUCAGCCAUCAACAGAUGAGUUCACCUAACAAAUAGCUAUUGUGUGUGGAUCUUAGCAGAGCCCCUUCUGUGGGACCUGGCUAAGCUCAGAAAUGCCCAUGUAUCUGCCAAGGAUGCCAUGGCACAUGCACAGCACUGGCCAACACCUGGCUUCUGCUCUGCAGCCACUCACUGCAAUUAUGCAGCCGACUGCCGGGUGAGCCAGGUGGCUGCAAGAUGACUGGUUUUGCAAGCACAAGCAAAGUUCCAGGUAACAGGACUCCCUGCAGCCUGGCAAAGUAUGUGCUGAAGCAGAGUUUGCAUGGGAAGGAGUUUUGUGCUUUGGGAAAAAAUGGAAAGCCUACAACGCAUGAAGACAGGCCGGGAAGUGUCCAAUUCAAGCACAGCAUUACUGGGGGUGGAAGGGAAUGGGACCAGGUGGGAGCAAAUGCUGAUGUAAAUAAAUGAUGUCUGAAUGAGUUGAAGGAUCUCACUGUGGAGCACAGUGAGAAGUCUGUGUUCCAGCAGGGCCACAGUGGUCUGACACAAGGACAACUGGAAAAAUGCCAUGGGACACAGCUCCAUUCCUGGCAGAACCACAAUGACCUGUAUGACUCAACAGCUGCUGCCCAGUUUCUUCUGAGGGGCGGCACAAGCCCUGGCCAUGGGAAGAGUUACAUGCAGAAGCAGGAGGAUUCUGCAGACCUCUACACAGAUCUUAAUCCCAAGUUAUGCUGAACUAGAAGAGGAUUUAAAGCCACAUUAUUAUCCCCAAUAUCUACUUGGGGUCCCUGGUUGUCUUAUAAGGGAAAGUGUGCUAUAUCAGCUAUGUUUUGUGGUCUUAACCACUGAGAUUGUACUUUGAGGGAAGAGAAGAAAUUGAAUGGAGGCCAAGGGUGUAAGAGAGCAGACAUUCCAGCAGACAAAAUGGUAGAGAGCCAGAUGCAGUGGUUCACACUUGUGAUCUCAGCUAUCCAGGACAUAUAAACAGGAUAGUGGUGCAGACAGCCUCACUGUGUGUGC